CCAUCUUGCAGAGUUUAUUUUUCAUAAAUAAUCAGAUCCUGAUCGUCUAGCUGUAGCUUGUUGAUGUUUUGAUUGAUAUCUAAAUAUAUAUAUCACGUAUAAUUGUUUUAUCAAUAAACUUUUAAAGUAAAUACGUCGUAAAUUAAUUAUUUUUAAUAAUUAUUUGACAAAUUUUAAGUCAUAAAUUAUUGUAAUGGCCAAUGAAGAAGGUUUUGAACAAUUUGAAGAUGAGGAAACUGAUGUACCAAUUGGAUCAUUACCUAGUGGACGUAAACGUUUGUUCUCCAAGGAGUUGCGUUGCAUGAUGUAUGGAUUCGGCGACGACCAAAAUCCCUACACCGAGAGCGUCGAUUUAUUAGAAGAUUUAGUUAUCGAAUAUAUCACAGAAAUGACUCAUCGUGCGAUGGAAAUAGGACGUACCGGACGAGUCCAAGUCGAGGACAUUGUCUUUCUAGUAAGAAAAGAUCCACGUAAAUACGCGCGUGUAAAAGAUCUUUUGACAAUGAACGAAGAAUUAAAGAAAGCGCGAAAAGCUUUUGAUGAAGUUAAAUACGCAGGUACCGUUAAUCAAUAAAUAACAAGUAAUUAUUUAAAUCUCAGUACUUAUUAUUAUUAUUUAACGUUACGGAGUACAUUUCAUCGCAUGUACACAACUUAUAAUUAUUCAUUAAAAAAAUAUUGUACUUAGCUUUUAAUUAUAUUUUUAUUGGAAUGUGCAAUAUAAAUAUUUAAAUCCAUUCGCAUUUGCAACAGUUUAGUUUAUAAUUUUUUUAUUUAUUUAUUCAUUUAUCACAAAUAAUUUUUAUUUUACGUUAAUUACUUAUAAAAAUUAUUAUUUACAUAUCGCAUGUUUAGUCUCAGCAACUACAGUCUGUACAUAAAUGCAUGAUUGGCAUGUAAUUUCAUGCAUUUAUAUCACGUCUGGAAAGUAAUUAUUGUUAUUAUUAUUAUUAUUUUUAUUAUCAUUUUAAGUAAAUAAAGAAAGGGAGAGACCAUAA